CGUUAGUUCUGCCUUGUUCAAUUCACAAAAGCAAAAACCCCGACAAUAAAACAAGGAGGCUUCAGUCUCUUGCUCUCUUCUGUGGUAAGAGUAAAGUUCAACAAUGGCGGAAGACAAAUUGAAUCGUCCUCCAUUAGUGCUCUACAACACCAUGACAAAGAAGAAAGAGGUUUUCAAAUCCAAGGUUCCUAACAAAGUUGGCAUGUAUAUUUGUGGUGUUACUGCUUACGAUUUCAGCCACAUUGGUCAUGCUCGUGCUUAUGUUGCUUUCGAUGUCCUUUACAGAUACUUGAUGGAAUUGGGCUAUGAAGUGACUUAUGUACGGAAUUUCACUGAUGUUGAUGACAAGAUAAUUCGCAGAGCAAAUGAGCACAAGGAGAAAAAUCCGGAAGAUCCAUUGAGUGAUCCCUUGAAGUUAAGUGAUCAUUAUUGUCAGGAAUUCCUGAAGGAUAUGGAUGAUCUACAAUGUCUGCUUCCUACUCAUCAGCCACGUGUCUCUGAUCAUAUGGAUCAGAUCAGAGAUAUGAUAGCAAAGAUAAUUGAAGAGGGCUAUGCUUAUCCUCUUGAUGGGGAUGUUUACUUUGCAGCUGAUAAAUUCCCAAAAUACGGGCAACUUUCAAGGCGGAAGCUUGAAGACAACAGAGCUGGUGAAAGGGUUGCUAUAGAUUCAAGAAAGCGACAUCCUGCUGAUUUUGCUUUGUGGAAGGCUGCAAAACCUGGUGAACCCUUCUGGGACAGUAAAUGGGGUCCAGGAAGACCAGGAUGGCACAUAGAAUGCAGUGCAAUGAGUGCUCAUUAUCUGACUUUCUCUUUUGAUAUUCAUGGUGGUGGAAUGGAUUUGAUCUUUCCUCACCAUGAAAAUGAGCUGGCACAGAGCUGUGCUGCAUGUGAGGAGAGCCAUAUCAGUUACUGGUUACAUAAUGGUUUUGUGACUAUCAAUGAAGAGAAGAUGUCAAAAUCAACUGGAAACUUCUUUACUAUUCGUGAGGUUACCAAACAAUAUCAUCCUUUGGCUUUGCGAUACUUCUUGCUAAGCAUGAACUACAAUUCUCCCGUCAAUUAUUCAUUGUCGCAGAUAGAUCUUGCAUCCGAAGCAGUCUUCCGUGUUUAUCAGACGUUGCUAGAUUGUAGAGAUGCUUUAUUGUCAUUUGAUGGUGGAAACAACACUGAGAAGCCUAAAUCUAACAGCAAACAACCUACUAAACCUUCUGAGGCUGAAAAUCUGAUGAAAGAUUUCGAGUGUAAAAUGUCUGAUGAUUUGCAUACUGCAGAGAUAUUGAAGGGCAGUCUUCAAGAUGCUCUGAAAUCUAUUAACAACGAAUUGAAUGGCCUUAAGAAGAAGCAAAAGCAGCAAAAACUAUUGGCUAUCCAAUCUCUUAAAGAAUUGGAAGAGGCGGUCAGGAAAGUUUUGGAUGUUCUAGGGCUGUUUUCUGCUCAGCCUUAUUCUGAGGUUUUGCUGCAGUUGAAGGAAAAGGCUCUAGUUAGAGCGGAGAUGACUGAAGAGGAAAUAUCGCAUCUGAUUGAAGAAAGGGCCGUAGCUAGGAAGAACAAAGAUUUUGCAAGAAGUGACCAGGUAAGAAGUGAACUAACUGCAAAGGGUAUAAGCUUAAUGGAUUUACCAACGGGCACGACAUGGAGGCCAUGUGUGCCAGAAGGAAGUGCUUAGAUUCCAGCAUCAAAAUGAAGUGAUUAUGUAAUUUUAGCUGAUUUUUGUUUCGGAAACAUUCCAUUCAUCAUCUAGAGUCUCGUAAAGUGUAACGACUCACCGUUGCUUAAGAGUUAAGACCAAUUUUGUACUGGGGUUUGACAAAUUUUUCCCCAAUCAAAGCUAACUUUUAUGAAACCACAGACCUUUUAAGUUAAUGAGUUGUGAGACAGAGUAUAUUAUGCCUGAUUUGUGAUCCCA